AUGAACAGCUCAUCACCGCUCUCAUCGCCUCUUUCCAGCAUAGGCACCAUAUCACAACCGCCAUCGCCUUCUCCGACGGGCGAUUACCCUUCUCCACCAUGUAGUAGUGUUCCAGAUACUAGAGUACCAUCUGAGGCCGGUGAUGCUCCAGAUUGCGACGGUCCUCCACCUGCCAAACGCCGGAAGAUGACGCAACCAAAAUCGACAGAGCCAAAAGCCAGAACAACCGAGUAUCUCGACUUGCGUAACUUUGGUGAAGGAUCAGAAGAACAAAUCUUACGGCAAGAUGCGCAAAUGAAGCGUUUGGUAAGGGUUCUGCGAGGCAAGCGGAAGAUUGUGGUCGUGGCUGGUGCUGGGAUUUCAGUUUCCGCUGGAAAGCCACUUGCCACUAGGGUUCCAUUGAAUACGAAAGGGCCUUGGCCCAAGACGAUUCAACUUCACGGUGGGCUAGCAAAGAUGGUUUGCUCAAAAUGUGGUCACUUGGAAGACUUUGAUGGUGCACUUUUUGAAGGUCCGGAAGCGCCAGAUUGCGACAAUUGUGUGGAAAUCGACUCGGUCAGAAUUGCCGCAGGUUCGCGGAGGCACGGAAUUGGCCGGAUGCGACCUAGAAUGGUGUUAUAUAACGAAUACAAUCCAGACGAGGAAGCAAUUGGCGCAGUCAGUGCAGCGGACUUGAAGAAAGUGGCAGAUGCAGUCAUUGUUGUUGGUACUAGUCUAAAGAUACCUGGCAUUCGUCGUCUGGUUAAGGAAAUGUGCAGCACAACGCGGGACCGCAAGAAUGGGUUUACUGCCUGGAUAAAUCUGGACGGUGAGCCUGGUGGUCCAGAAUUCAAGGAUUGCUGGGACAUGAUUGUGCGGGGUGAGUGCGAUGAGGUCGCUCGUCAUGCAGGCUUGCCAAAAUGGGACGACAAAGACCUUGGCCAAUAUACCGUGGUUGCAAAUGAAGUUGGAUCUGCAAAGAAACGUGGAAUUGACAAGGUGCUGGUUACACCUGCUCACGCUACUGCAGCGGCGGACGCAUUCCCUACACCUGGAGCUAGCCCACGAAUGCAGUCGCCGACACCUACAAACGCUUUCUCAAAGUUAAAGGCAAUUACAAAACCAAAGGGACCAGCAGAGAAGACAACUGCUACAAAGUCGACAAAGAGAAAGGCGUCUACCGAUCCGAAGGUCAAGAAACCGAGGGCACCUCCAAAGCCCAAAACGAGCUCGAAACUGAAGAAACAAAUCUUACCUGGAGAAAAUUUGAAGCUUUCUAUGACUACUACCAAAUCAAUGGGUGCUGGGGAGGCCAAGACCCUGAAUAAGGACAAUCCAAGGAAGAAAUUACCCUCCAAACCAGAAAUAAUCGAACCAGCCAAACUAGAAAAUCCAUUCUUAGGAUCAAAUACUUCCGCAUUAUUCCCAAAUCUGAAACCUGCUGUACCAGUAGUAGCUAUACCGUUACCUACUAUGCGUCCAGAAACUACAUUACCUAGAAAGGUUUCAACCCUACCUAAUCGUCGUCAAGAAAAUAACCCUCCUAUAAGAGUUAAAUCCUCGCGUCUAUCUGACACGCACACCAUCCCCGAGACACCCAGUCCUUCUAGAAGUCCGAAUAGUAUAACCUUUGAUCGUAACGAAACGAUCACUCCACCAUCAAUUCCCAAAAACAUGGAUCUUCUUAUUGAUCAUUAA